GCUGAGGUUCCGGAAUGGUCUGGAGAGUUCCGGCAGGUUCGCGAUGAGUCCAAUACAGACGGCGUUACAUGUUCCCGAGCGGAAUGUUGCUCAAGGGUUGCGCCUGCGCAGCCUCCGUGCGUGCCGACACCCACCCUGCGUGAUGACGUUGUCGUCGCGUCGUGACGCAGGGCCCGGCUGGAGACUGACCGGAGGCAUUCUCGGGCAGUGCAGUGCAACUGAGCAGGAUGUCUGAGCAGCUUCACAGCAUCAACCUCCAAAACUUUAGCAAGUCAUUGCUGGAGACUCUCAACUCCCAGCGGCUGGGUGGCCAUUUCUGUGAUGUGACAGUGAGGAUCCACAACACAGCUCUUCGAGCACACCGCUGUGUCCUGGCUGCAGCUAGCCCUUUUUUCCAUGAUAAACUCUUGCUGGGUUACAGUGAGAUUGAGGUUCCACCCCUCGUCUCGGCCCAGACUCUACGGCGGCUGGUGGAUUUCAUGUACAGUGGCUCGCUGAUGGUCUCUCAUGUGGAGGCUCUGCAAAUCCUCACAGCAGCAAGUGUCCUUCAGAUUAAAACCAUUAUUGAUGAAUGUACACGUAUUAUUUCACAAAAUGCCCCACAAAAGUCUCAGGGACUCCAGCCAUUGGUCAGCCAAAAGAUGGACCUUUCUGAUGAAAAGGAAGCCAUUAUUUGCCAGUCAGUCACUGACCAGAUCCACAAGUUUUCAAUGGGCUUAAUUGAAACAGCAUUGUCACCUCAUGGAACAGAGAAAGACUUUGACUUUGUACGUGGAGGUACAAAGAACAUGGCAACAAGUGAUGCAGGGUACAAAGCUGAAGAAACCAGCCCUAAUCUGAGCAGACAAGUACCACCUGCACGACAAAAAGGAGUCGGAGAUCAGGUUAUAGCUGACCAGGAGAACCUGUCUCUGAUGGACACAGGUCGUAACAGUGAGGUACGUGCUCUAUGGUACAACACUGCAGCCAAUCAGCGUCCAGAGAUGCCAUUAUUACCACAAGGUAGCCAUAGUCGCAAGCAGCGCCAGCCAAUCCGGCUCCAGAUGGCAGAUGGAAGUCAAGUAACCAUCAAGGAAGAAGAUGAUGAUCUCCUUUACUGUGGGGAGAGCAUUUCCAAUGCGACUGUCUCCGAUCAAGGUGCUGAGCACAUCAACCAAGGCGAGCAAACUGAGGAUAUCUCCGAGACAAAUGCUUUUGAUCCCAACCAAAGCACAAUGGGGGAUCAAAGAGAUUCUGCCAGUCAUUUGAGUUUGAGCAGCAAAGGGGAUGAGUUGGAAUUUUUCAAUGCUAGUGAUCUCUUACCUGAAGAACUGAAGUCAUUUUGGCAUGGAGAGAAAGAGGAGAAGGAACCCUCCUUACCACAAAACCGAAAAGCAGACUGCAAGUCCCAACUUGAUACAUCAUACCAACGGCCUUCAACGUUCAUGCAAGACUUUCUUCCAGCGUCGACUGUGCAGAACAAUCCACGAAACCAGGGCUGCUCUGUGCAAUAUGAUGUUCAGGGAGAUAGCAAUGCGGCCAGCACUGCCAGUCACCGGAACCUUUUCCAGAUGAACCUUCCUCCGUCACCUCAUCUUCCAGCUUUGCCAUCCACCUCACAGACAUGUCUGCCCAGCAUUUCAGCUCAGCCAUCUUGCCAAAAUCCCCCUGUGUUCCUAGAUGGAGGCCAGACAGUUUCAGCUACCCCUCAGGCCAGUCACAGUUCCAGUGAAACUGAAAAGAAGCCCUAUGGAUGUGCACAGUGUGGGAAGACAUUCAGUUCCAGACAGAAUUACGCCAAGCACAUGUUUGUCCACACAGGUGAGAAACCCCAUCAAUGCAGCGUGUGUUGGAGGUCAUUCUCGCUUAGGGACUACUUGAUAAAGCAUAUGGUCACACAUACAGGAGUGCGAGCGUACCAGUGCCCGGUGUGCAAUAAACGUUUCACACAAAAGAGCUCGUUGAAUGUGCACAUGCGGCUGCAUCGUGGCGAGAAGGCCUUCGAAUGUCACGUCUGUAACAAGCGUUUCUCUCACAAGACUUUGCUGGAAAGGCACAUGGCCACCCAUAUUAUAUAAACACACGUGUGCAAGGCUGAACCAAGUAAAUCCCACACAUGCUGGCUUUACCUGGGUUAAUAUGCAUUGUGAGCAGACCCAUACCAUGCACACAGGAGGUUUUAGCCAGAGUUAUAAACUAGUUAUAUAGCAACCGUGUAAACACAGGAUGUGGCAGUGGUGAAUGCAAUAGAAGCCACAACCCACCCACCCACCGCCACCACACACACACACCCACCCACCGCCACCACACACACACACACACACACACACAAAAUAACCACCCCCUCCCCAACCAAAUUAGACACAUUGUUCAAUGAAUGCACCAUUAGGUCAUCAGACAGCAGAAGGAGCCAGUUUAAUUUCCAGUCUGUGUUGAGGUAACUCAUCUGGUCAAGAUACCCAUGGGAGCAGAACUAGCCAGGGUUCCUAUGUGUUAAGUUUGGACACGCAGGUUUGACUGUCAUGGUGAAAUGUUGCACAGAUGUUUUCAGCCCAGGCUUAUGUCAGGGCAGGGGACUGAAGGAUGAGGAGGGAAGGAGCAACACAUGGGUGGGAAACAUCCUACAAAUCCAUUUCCAAAAAAAAAAUGGUUGAAUGAAAUUGUUAAAUUAUACUUAGGAAUUUGACAAAAGCUCAUUGAUCAGUGAAGUAAAACUAACAGCAGAAGAAUCUCAGCAUUUAUGAGUUUGCAAACAGCAGUCCUGAUGAGUUGCUCUAGUUUUAUAUCUUGUUAUGACAGCUCUUCACACUAAAUCAAGCUCAAGUUACAUUAUUUAAUGAAUUAAAUAAUAAUUGGAACAGCCAGCAAAACCAGCCAUGCCUUAAUAUUUUAAACGUUGCAUGAAAUCUUUACUUCUUUGUUAAUUAAUAAGCUAGAGUGUGGUGCUCUGACGUGUUUGGGGAAUUACUAUUGAGAGCAUAUUCCAAACAGAUUUCUGCUCACUCCCACUUACCAUUUUCACCCUCUUCCCGAUUUGGUUAAAGUUGAAUCAGUUUCUGGUGCAGUGUUUAGAAAACUUUCAGGUCUGAGAAAGCACAGACCUGUGACCCCCCCCCCCCC